UUAAAAUUUACUACCUUAUUAAUAUUUUUUGUAAUAGUAAUAACAAUAAUAUAUUUAGUUAUAAGAUACCGUAUAUUAACAAAAUAUUCUCGUCUUCCAACAGAAACAGCAACCAAACAAGGGGCAUCUUACGAUUUACAUCCAAGUAUUGAUGAAGACAAUGAUGAUGGUGUUAAACAUUAUCCUGAUGAAUUUCUUAGUAUGUUUUUGGAGGGGAUUAAAAUAUUUGGUUAUUUGGAAAAGCCAGUGUUUCAUGAAUUAGCAAGACAUUUAUCUACAAAGAAAUUAUUAGCUGGUGAAAGUUUAAUGUUAGAGAAGGAAAGAAGUUUUUAUAUUGUUGUUGAUGGUUAUGUUCAAGUAUUUGUUAAAACGGCUAAUGAAGAAGAUAUUGUAUUAGAUCCUUUUGAAAGUGACGAUUAUAAUAGAGGAUAUCAAUUAUUGAAUGAAGUUACUAAUGGAGGAACUUUGAGCAGCUUGUUUACUAUCCUUAGUUUAUUCACAGAUGAUAUUGAUAUAAGAUAUAAUGAUCCUGAGCAAGGACAAGAUGAAGAAGAAAAGAAGGAAGGAAAAGGGAGUGAAGGGAAGGAAGAAGAAACGAAUGAAGUAAAGAAUGAGUUUCAUACAACAUUUGAUCAAGAUUUAUAUGUGGAAUCUCCAGUUGAUAUGAAAAGUUUUAAAAGUACUUCAUCACAUAGCUCGACUUCAUUUAAGAAACCAAAUAUAUUACGAAGAAUAUCAAAAGAAUGUUCGAUUACCACAUCCGUUCACCCUAACAUAACAGCAAGGGCGACAGUUGAUACCACGUUAGCGGUAAUACCAGCUGAAGCGUUUCAUAGAUUAACAGAGAAAUUCCCUAAUUCGGUGGCACAUAUUGUCCAAGUGAUAUUAACGCGUUUUCAACGUGUUACAUUAUGGACAGGAUACAAAUAUUUGGGAUUAACAAAAGAUUUGUUAAGAACAGAGAAAUUAAUGAAUGAUAUUGCGAGUUAUGGACUUCCUAAAGAUUUCUUUAAACCAGGAAGUAUGGAAAGAUUACGUAAAAAGUAUCAUCCAAGAGAGAAUAGACAUGAUGAUAUGGAUAUGAGUGAUAGUGGAUUGAUUAACAAAUCGAAAAAAACUAGACCAUCUGUUAGGCCCAGAUUCGGUGCAAUAUAUGAGAAUAAUUUAGAAGAUACCGCAAUUAAUAUUAAUAAUUCACACAAAAACAAAAAACAUUUGAUGACACCUUUACCACUACAUGUUAGGGCUAAAGUACAACCAUUCAGUGGAACUUCAACAAAUGGAAAAGAUUAUGAUGCAGAUGAUGAUUUGUAUCUCCGAGAAUCUGUACUCGAAGGAAUUUCAAAAGGAAUUGGUUUACUUCAAAGUAAUGUUAAUACCAACGUUAAUGGUAGUAAUGGAAAUGUUAAUAGUAAUAAUAUGAAUACUAUUAACGGUCAAUAUAAUUUAAGACAGAAUUCACCAGAUUUACAUAGCAAUGUGACUACAUUAUUAAAUAUUCCAGAGGAUGAAUCAAUAACGGAAACAAUACCUUCAAUGACAAGUGAAUUAGAUAAUGAUGUAGAAAUAUUAUUCUUCCCAAAGGGAAAUUUGUUGGUACAAGAAGGAGGAAGAAAUGUGGGAUUAUUUUUUGUUAUUGACGGAUUAUUGGACGUAUUUGUUACAUCCAAUGAAAAUAAUUUUCUCAAUAGUAGCAGAAGUAAUAAUCAUAGUAAUAAUAAUAAUAAUCUUCAUAAUCAUAAUCAUAAAAAGAAAGAUUCUAUUAGUAAUAAUUUAAAUUCAACUACUAGAGAUAAAAGUUUAUUUAUGAUUAAACCAGGUGGAUUGGCAGGAUAUUUGGCAGCACUUACUGGAUUUCCUAGUUUUGUUAAUAUUAGAGCGAGUACGGAUACUUAUGUUGGUUUUUUACCCAAACAAUCAUUGAAUAGAUUAAUGGAAAAGAAUCCUAAUGUAUUAUUAACGUUAGCAAAAAGAUUAAUCACUUUAUUAUCACCAUUAUUAUUACAUAUUGAUUUUGCAUUAGAUUGGGUUCAAGUGAAUGCAGGACAGGUAUUAUAUCGUAAAGGAGAUUCAAGUGAUAGUAUUUAUAUAGUAUUGAAUGGACGUGCACGUACAAUUAAUGAAAAAAAAAAUGGUGUCAUUGAUAUUCAAGGUGAAUACGGACAAGGUCAAAGUGUUGGUGAAUUAGAGGUAAUGACAGGAACUCCACGUCCAUAUACACUUCAUGCUAUACGUGAUACUGAAUUAGCACGUAUGCCAAGAACAUUAUUUAAUGCUUUAGCUCUUCGACAUCCAGAAAUCACAUUACAAAUAUCACGUAUUAUAGCAUUACGUACACGUAUGCAAGAAGAAAUAGAUUAUAAUUCUGGUAAUAACGAAUUUGGAAAGAAUAAUACUAAUCUCAAAACAGUUUGUAUAUUACCCGUUAAUGGCAAUGUACCGAUAACAGAAUUUGCGGAAAAAUUAAAAAAUUCUUUGGGUAGAAUAGGUGAAAAUGCAACAUUGUUAAAUCAAGAAAGUGUUAUUAAUGUAUUAGGUAAAGAUGUAUUUAACAGAAUGGGAAGAUUGAAAUUAAUUAGUUGGUUAGCGGAACAGGAAGAAAAAGUUAGAAUAGUAUUAUAUUUAGCAGAUGGUGGAAGUAAUUCUUCAUGGUCUCAAACAUGUAUUAGGCAGGCCGAUUGUAUAUUAUUAGUUGGAAUAGGAGAUGGUGACGCAUCAAUCGGAGAAUAUGAAAGUUUUUUAAUAGGAACAAAAACGACCGCAAGAAAAGAAUUAGUAUUGUUACAUGCGGAAAGAAAUUGUACACCAGGAUCCACAAGAAAUUGGUUAAAAAAUAGACCUUGGAUUCAUGCUCAUCAUCAUGUGUUAAUGAGAUUUGAAUCACCAAUUUUUGAUGAAAAACCAAGAAAAAAUACUUUAAUGAACAUUAAAGAUCAAUUACAAAAAUAUUAUCCUAAACGUAUACCAAAACGUUCACCCGCUAUUUAUACAGGGAAUAGAAGUGAUUUUGCUAGAUUAGCAAGAAGACUUGUGGGUAAAAGUGUUGGAUUAGUAUUAGGUGGAGGAGGUGCGAGAGGUAUUUCACAUAUCGGAGUUAUUAAAGCAUUAGAAGAAGCUGGAAUACCAAUUGAUAUGAUCGGAGGUACAAGUAUUGGAAGUUUUAUUGGUGGUUUAUACGCAAGAGAUUCAGACAAUGUUGCCAUAUUAGGUAGAGCCAAAGUAUUUGCAAGUAGAGUAAGUAGUAAAUGGAGGCAAAUAAUGGAUUUGACGUGGCCAAGAACCGCAUGGUUUACUGGACAUGAAUUUAAUAGAGGAAUAUGGAAAAGUCUUAGUGAUACUUUAAUUGAAGAUUUUUGGUUAUCUUACUUUUGUAUCACUACAAAUAUCACUUGGUCACGAAUGGAAAUUCAUAAAGCUGGGUACGCUUGGAGAUAUAUUAGAGCUUCAAUGUCAUUAGCCGCUUACCUUCCUCCGUUAUGCGAAAAAGGAGAUUUAUUAGUUGAUGGUGGUUACAUGAACAAUUUACCCGUUGUGGUAAUGAAAUCUAUGGGCGCAGAUACAAUAUUUGCCGUAGAUGUUGCGAGUCAUGAUGAUACAUCUCCCGUUUAUUAUGGGGAUAGUUUAUCUGGAUUUUGGGUAGUAUUAAAUAGAUUAAAUCCUUUCUCCAAACAAACCAAUAUACCUUCAAUGGCAGAUAUACAAUCUAGAUUGGCUUAUGCUAGUAGUGUUAGACCCUUAGAAGAUGCCAAAAACACUCCUGGAUGUUUUUACAUGCAAUUACCUGUGCAACAAUAUGGUACAUUAGAAUUUAAUAAAUUUGAUGAAAUCUUAAAAGUUGGAUAUAAAGCUGGUAAAGAAAUGUUGAAAAAAUGGAAAGAUGACGGUAAAUUAAAUCAUUUAUUAGAUCAAAAUAAAUCAGGCGAUAAACGAGGAAUUCGUAGGAGAAACAGCGUAUAAUUAAUUCACUUAUUAAAAAACUUUUUACACAACUGAUGAUUAUUCUUAUCAGCAAUAAAAUCUGUUACAUAUAUUUACGAAAAUAAAAAAUAAAAAUCUGAUGAUAUAUCCCUUGUUUCAUCACAGCUUUUUUGUAAAGUGGCAAAGGAGUUUAUGAACAAUGUAUCAAAAAGUGCAUAUAACUUUUUUUUAAAAAAAAAAAUUUCCGGAUUGAUUGGU